UGCUGAAUAUAUAUAAUGGAGAACUGAUAUAAAGCAAGAGUUCAUAAGGCAGAGCCAGUUGUUCGUCCCCCUGUCUCAACUAUUACCCCCCCCCUUCCCCCGAAUCUUCACCAUGCUUAGACCGCGGAGAGCCAAACAGAACCCUCUGCAAGUAUGUUGGAAGGACAAAAUAUCGUUGUCUUUGAUGUAAUUGUCUCACCAUCAUGUACUCAUAGACACACGAGAUUGUGGGAAUUCUGCCUUCAGAGGAGGCAGCGAUUCAAAAAGCAUUAAUGGCCUCUAUUACGAAGACAUCUUCUGAAGAUAAAGUACCCCAACCACUCUCUUUAUUGUCGCCCAAGAAGUUAAGACGUUCAAUGAAUACCCCACUGAAUCUACAGAAGAACUCACGCAGCAAGAUACAUGUACUCUCCACCUCACCUCUCUCAGCAACCAGUACCAUCAGUUUCCUAUCCACUGACUCCCACUCCUCUGGCACUUGGACCCCUAGCCGUAAAUCACCGAGAUUAAGAAAUCAAAAGAAGCUCCCUCCCAAGAUUAUCGCCCUAAACAAGGGACCACUGAAAGUUAAACAACGUUCAACCCCUUCCAAAUCUCAGCCAAAAGUGUCUCCUAAAACUAAAAGAGGAAUGUCCACUUUGAAUAAAACCAACCUAAAUACAAGGUUGAAAUCGAUUCACAAAGCUAAGAACACAGCUAAGAACACUCAGCAUAAGAAGAAGGCCAUGUUGAUCACUUGUGCAGUGAGAAAAAAAGCUGAAAAAGAAGAGCCAAGAAAUGAAGCUGGGCUCACAGUAGAUGAAAUAUUGAUGUCUGUUGCCAAUCACAGUAUACCGCAAGAACAACCUUCAAAGCCCGAUAGUCCAAAGCUCAACAACCCCAAGAGGAAGAAAGUAUUACCACCUCCUAGUUUCAAAACCGUAAAGCAUAAACUAAAAGCACCACCAAAAAUUACACCGUCUCAAUCUACACAUUCACCAAUUACCCCCAAACGCACCCCUAAACUACCUUCACCAAAAGAAAAAAGCACCACAAACAAGAGCCUGACAAAACUGUCAAAAAAACUGAAAGGAUCACCUCCAAAAAGUCUGGUUCUAACAUCCCAGCCUGACACCACAGCCCUGGAGGAAAGUCAAAGUUGUGUGCCCAGGGAGGGCUCAGGAAAGACUGUUAUCUCAACUUCACCUAACCAACAGAGCCCAAACUCUUUUUCGUAUCAAGCUCAGCGCAAGUUUGCCUCCAACCAGUCCCCCCCAACAAGGCCGAUUAACCAGGAGCUGGCCUCACCGCUGGGACUCAAGGAGACACCCAAGACUGAGGAUUUCCUGCACUUCCUCUGUCUGAGAGGCAGUAACUUCAUUCCUGAACACCUCAAAAAGUUUGAGUUUCCCUGGACGCCAACCCAAGAAUCUAGUGCUACUGGUAACAAGACCGACAAGCCCGCUGUGGGGCUGAAUCUAACUGCCAAGAAACUGGACUUCAUGUCAAGGAUGUCACUCAGUUAGGGUCAUGUGAAUUAGGAGGAUGUUAUUGAGAAACUUGAUCUGAGUAUUAAUAUUUUGUUCUUUUUGUAUGGAUUUACAUUAUUAUUAUAAUUAUACUCACGA